ACUUGCUUUGAAUGAAGCGCAGUUCUUGCCAAGCUUUCAGCUCUUAACUGUCACAGUGAGCUUUUUUUUAACUUGUUACCCAGAAAAUGCUCAGAGCUUUUAGCUUUCUAUUCAAGGAUCUUCUAUUUAUAUUACUGCAUUGAAGUUGAAAAGCUUCAGCCCAGCUAUACAGUUUGUUGGCAUACUGAACAUUUAAAGAAAGAAUGACCUCCAUGCCCACAAACCUCACUACUGGAGAAGUAAUUGGGAUUUUUGCACCUCUGGGGGAAGGGGUGUUAUGGCCGAACAGCACUCAGAGGAAUGUGAGUUCUCCCGUGGCUCACAAGUUCGUGCAGCCUCCUUGGCGUAUUGCCCUGUGGUCUCUGGCUUAUGGAUCCAUGGUAGCUGUGGCUGUGUUCGGAAACAUCAUUGUGAUUUGGAUCAUCCUGGCCCACAAAAGAAUGAGAACUGUCACCAACUACUUCCUGGUGAACUUGGCUUUCUCCGACGCCUCCAUGGCAGCGUUUAACACACUGGUGAAUUUCAUUUAUGCCCUGCACAAUGAGUGGUACUUUGGAGAGGCUUACUGCAGAUUUCACAACUUCUUCCCUAUCACAUCCAUAUUUGCCAGCAUUUACUCCAUGUCUGCGAUAGCAGUUGAUCGAUACAUGGCUAUCAUUGAUCCUUUGAAGCCAAGACUUUCUGCUACUUCAACAAAAGUGGUCAUCGGAAGCAUUUGGAUAUUUGCCAUUUUGCUUGCCUUUCCUCAGUGCCUCUAUUCCAAAAUAAGAGUGACACGAACCAGGACUCUAUGUAUGCUGGUUUGGCCAGGAAAAGAUGAAAGACUUACAUAUCAAUUUAUUCUGGUGUUGCUGGUUUAUGUCUUACCCUUAAUUGUGAUGGGAGUCACAUAUACGAUUGUUGGAAUUACAUUGUGGGGAGGAGAGAUACCCGGAGAUACAUCUGAUAAAUAUCACGAACAGCUCAGAGCCAAAAGAAAGGUUGUGAAAAUGAUGAUUGUGGUUGUGGUGACAUUUGCAAUAUGCUGGCUUCCUUAUCAUAUAUUUUUUCUUGCUGAUGCACUUGAUAUAAAACUGGACCGAUGGAAAUAUAUUCAGCAGAUCUACCUGGCUAUUUUUUGGCUUGCAAUGAGUUCGACCAUGUACAAUCCCAUUAUUUACUGUUGUCUAAACAAAAGGUUCCGUGCUGGGUUCAAAAGAGCUUUCAGAUGGUGUCCCUUUAUUGAGGUAUCCAGCUAUGAUGAAUUAGAAUUAAAAUCCACAAGAUUCCAUCCAACAAGACAGAGCAGUCUGUACACUGUUUCUAGAAUGGAAUCAAGCAUGACUGUUGUGUUCGAUCCAAAUGACGUAGAGAACAACAAGCCUUCUCAUAGCCAUAAGAAAAGAGCAGCUACCAGUGAGUCUACUUUCAAUGGAUGUUCUCGGAGGAACUCCAAAUCUGCCUCCACAAAUUCAAGUUUUAUUAGCUCGCCCUAUACUUCUCCAGAUGAUUAUUCAUAACGGGAGCAUAAUGGGAACAAGACUGUGUUCAUUGUAAAAACCAUAUUGUGUAAGUUCAUUAAAGAAAUAAGAAAACCUUAAAGAGAAAAAUGAAAGGAAUAAUUCCAAAC